CGUAGUCGGUUUACUUGUGCAAAUUGACAGAAGCCGUGAUGGCGACGUUCUUACCUUUUCGCGAUUCAACAACUCAUGGCAUUUAAAGGACAUCACAGUGAAACGAUUAACGUUUCGGCACUGCUGUUCAAAUCAAUCCGUAACGAUGAAUUUCGUAUAAUUUCGAGGGUUCAGAUGUUUGUUAUUAACACCUCCAUUAUGAACAAUUAACAGGUACAGACGCGAACACACCAAUUGCAACAGGCAACACUUUGAGAAACAGGUCGAAAGUGAUUUCAAGGCUGACGUUCCGCGCUUUCUUUUGUCCCAAGAAACGUAUUUCGAAGUUUGUAUUUCUUCCUCGUUGUUAGGAAAAAACCGCGAACCACCGGAAGCAGCCUUACGACCGUUACUUCGUAGAACGUCGCUAGAAGUUAAUUCUCUAUGACAUAAAAAGUGCUGAUAACUUAUGAUCCGUUUUUCCAUUUGUAUAACAGAAAAUUACGAAACAUCAUUAUUAUGAAUCAUCAGCUUCAUGGAAGGAAAUCGAUAUAAGACAUCGUUGUAAUAUGAUACUAUAGUGCUGGUACAUAUAUCACUGUAGUUUUACUAGCCUGAAGUGAGUCUAUAAAAUAUUUACAACAGCGUACACUAACAAUGUAUUGCGCUUAAAGAGAGUGGCAUGGCACGAGUGUAUAGUUAAAAUUCGCGUUAUGGUGCUUUUUACGUUUCUGGAUAGAUUCAGCAGAAUCAUUCUCGACGUACGAUGAUUCAUUGUGUACAUUAUUAGUUCCAGUGGUGCGUGUGUUUUUAAAGUAGCCACAGAAAAGACGAACACGAACGAGAUUUUAGGAAAGUCGAUUAUGGCAUCGCUCGAUUAUCGAAAGUUCACUGUUUAAAAUAUCGAUAUACUGAUUGACUAGGAAGUGCUGAUAAUACACCGCUGGCGGACCGCUAGAUUAUUGAGGUUGAUUUUUCAUUUGGUCGUAUGUGACGUCGUCCCGUGUCGCCGUGCUUAAUGGUAGUCUCAAAAUCCUCUUGUUGGGAUGGAUGUCAGUAAAAUCUGAGAACGACUGGUACGGGACACGUGCCAUAAUGUCACCGAAAGAUUUGAGCGAGGAGAACCUUAGAAUUCAGUUUUCUCUCAUUCACGACAGCCAGUGACCCGCCCGACAAAAUUUCGUUUAACCGCAGCGUAUCGUCGAAUAAUGGAAAACCACACAGAGGACAACACCAUAAACAUGAACGGAAGCGAGGAGUUGCAAGAGAAAGUAAAUAGAUUGGAGACUGAGAAUGUCAAGAUGCAAGAGGAAUUCAAUGUUCAGAGAGCGAAGAUGAAGGAACUGUUUCUUCAGAAAGAAGAAGAAUUAAAGAGAAGAUUAAACGAUAACAUGGGCCUACAAGAAGAAAAUGAAAGGCUACAAAAAGAACUGCAUGAAGUGAAGAACGAACUGGUUGUGACAAAUAUAAAAAUUGUGGAUGAUAUACUCGUGGAGAAAAAGAAGGCUGAAGAAGAAAUAGCAUCUUUACAACGAGUUAUACAUGAAACCGUAGAGGAAUCUUCAAGCUCGCGAAAACAAUUGGACACAGAAGUAUCUAAAUUAAAGAUGACUCUUUCCAAGUUGCGAGAAGAAAAUAGAUUGUUAAAAUCACAGCUACCUCGGGAACCACCUGUAGACGGCCCACAGAUAUCGUUGUCCACAGUAACGAAAACGAUAGCUCGAAAAGUAGUUUCACAACUAGGCGCGGAUGCUCUGUCUUUAGGUCCUGACCAUCUUGGAGAAAGCAUGAGGAAGGUAAACAAAUAUGCACAGGAAGAUGCAGAACUUCUGCGUUCACUGGUAGUGCCACUCGAAGAAGAGAUUAAAGCCUUGAAAGAAAAAUUGAGAGCCACAGACGAUGAGUUACAGAAGUGCAAAGAGGCACAGUUGCUAAAGAAACAACAGGAUCCAGGUUCCUUUGAACCUGCGUGCGACAUGUGCGCGAAUUAUGAGGCGCAGUUAGUUAAAAUGCAAGCCACCGCUAAAGAUCUAGAGAAGCAACUGUUGGAUUCUGAGCGCAUGUUGCAAAUGCAGAAAGAGGAUUUGGCCAAGGAAGUGGACUUUCGUAAGGAAAUGGAAGAGAAAUGGAAUGAGAAAAAAGAGGAGCACAAAAUCAAAGUAGCCGAGCUUACGAACACCUCGCAAACAGUGCAACAGACUUUAACUGAGCUGAAGAAAACGUUUGAACAAGUUCAGAGAAAUGCUAAAGAUGAACUGGUUAAAUUGACGCGGGGUCGGGAAGAAGUGCAGAGGCAUCUUAUCGCACUGCAAAAAGAAAAUGAAAAUCUUGUUGGUAAGCAUAGUAAACAUUCCCAGCAACUGCAGAGUGAGAGCAUCAACAUGCCGAAUAAUGUUGAAGAACUGCACAUUAGUCUUUUAAAAAUGCGCGAAGAUCUCAUCACCGCCAAAGUUGCGCAAGAAGUUGCACAAGAGAAAGAAGAAACGUUACGGUACGAAGUGACUUUGCUUCACGAACAAAUGGAACAGGAGAAUAGAGUGAAAGAACAGGAAGUAUUGGUAUUAAAAAAUGAAAUUACCGGAUUGAGAAGCCAACUAGAUAAAUACAUUAGGGAUCACCGAUCGCUCGCCGAAAGGGAAGAGAAACUCGAACGUUUAGAGAAACGAUUGGAUUCAGUUUUGAAAGAAAAUAAGGAAGCCGAAUUGAAAGUUGUUGAAUUACGGCAGAGAGUUACCAGUCUUCAACAAGAACUAGACACUAGUGAAGCAGUUCAAAAAGACUUUGUUAGACUGUCACAAUCAUUGCAGGUACAAUUAGAAAGAAUUAGACAAGCUGGUAGUGAAGUAAGAUGGCAACACGAAGAGGACGUGGAAGAAUGCCCUAGUUGUCAUACUGCUUUCACGGUUACAAAAAAGAAGGUGCAUUGCCGUCAUUGUGGCCAUAUAUUUUGUCAGUCUUGCCUUUCACAUAUUGUGAAGAGUGGACCAAAACAAAGACCAUCCAGAGUCUGUGAUGUUUGCCAUACGUUGUUGGUGCAGGACACUGCGCCAUACUUUAGCCAAGAACCUCCACACACACCUGAUUAAAUGUUCUAACGCGAAACCAGUCCAGCAUGAUGUGCAAUAUGAAUUCGUUUCAGGAAAAUAUAGAAAUGCUCUUAGUACGAAAGGAUGCUAGAUAAAAUUCCUAUUACCUGACAACUGGAGUGAUAAGAUAAAUAUCGUGUAAAUACGAAUUAUGUACUACUUAAUGUUUAUUGUAAUUUAAAAGAUUAAAGCUUUUGAAUGUAUGUGUUAUCCAAAAAUUACUGAAUAUUUAUCUGCUGUCUUGUUAUGUCAGUUAUUAUUGAAAGUGAGUCUCGCGUAGAACGAGUACUUACAUGGAACAUUAUAUUUGUUGACAUAACUCGUUGUUCGUUUAGUUUUUCAAUUAUUUUCUAUUAUUUUUCUGGGCAAAAGUAUUUUUUUUCAUUCAAGGUGUUAUAUGUAUAUAAAAAAAAAA